AUGGCGCUCGCGCGUGACGCCGCACUCCAUCUCCUCGUCGCAGCGGGCGCACUCCUGCUUCUCGCCGUGCCGCCGCCCCCACGGUGCCGGGCGACGGCGCCGCGGCAGGGCGCGCUGGCGGUGUACCCGAGCGACAUGGAGCAGCUGCAGUUCCUGCUGAACGCCAAGUUCGUGGAGGCGGAGUGGUUCCUGCACGCGGCGCUGGGCCGUGGCUUGGACUUCCUGGACCGCAACCUGUCCGGCGGCGGGCCACGGCCGUCGGGGGCCAGGAAAGCCGACCUCGACUUCCGCACCACCGAGGUGGCCGCCGAGCUCGGGUACCAGGAGGUGGGCCACAUCCGCGCCAUCAGGCAGGCCGUGGGCGGGUUCCCGCGCCCGCCCAUCGACCUCGCCCCCGACCGCUUCGCCAUGGUCAUGGACGACGCCAUGGGCGUCCGCCUCGACCCGUCGUUCGACGCGUACGUCAGCCCCGUCAACUUCCUCCUCGCCUCCUACGUGUUCCCGCACGUCACCGCCGCCGCCGCCAUGGGCAUCGGCCCCAGCCUCAUGGGCUACGCCUCCAAGCGCCUCCAGGCCAGCAUCCUGGCGGUGGAGGCCGGGCAGGACACGGUGAUCCGGCUGCUGCUGUACCAGCGCGCCGACGAGCCGGUCCCGCCGUACCAGGGCCACACCGUGGCCGACUUCACGCGCCGGAUCUCCGACUGGCGUAACCGGAUGUCCGGGUGCGGCACCAAGGACGAAGGGGUCAAGGUCCUGGACUGGAAGCAGGGCGUGGAGCGGCGCACCAUCAGUAACAUCCUCGGCGCCGGCGAGGACUCGCUCGUGUUUACGUGGUGGAUCAACUAG